ACCAAUAUGGAUGUUAUACCUUGCAUCUGAAGUAUAGCACCAACACCUAAUUAGCUCUCUCCUGAGCCCAAAGUCACUGAGCCCAACUCUCCCUUCAUGAUGCAGUGUGUGGUUUGAGUGAUAUAACAUUAAGCUCAAGGUGGUUGAGUCUCAAGCAGUAGGGAGGCGGAAGCAAGCCAUGGGAGCUCCGUGCCCACUGAUCCCACGGGACUCACUGAAGACACCGGAACUGUACUUGCAGUGUUGGGUUUUAAUGCACUCUGUAUUGUGGCUAUUUGUUUAACUCCUGAAGUGUAGACUGUGGGGAGACCAGAGAGCAAGGGGUGGGUAGGGACACAGAAAGGUAAAGUAAAGGGGAUAAUUCUGAGGAAAUCAAAUAAUGGCAAAAAUGUUUUCUUGUAUUAUUGAUUGUUUAUUUGGGGAAUAACAAUCAGGAAUUGGAAUAACGGCAACAUUGCAUGCCGUUUUUAUAUCAUUAGACAUGUCUCCCCCUCAGCUAGCUCACAUUCUCAGUUCAAUGAGUUUGUGAGUAUGAUUUUAAAUUAGUCACAUUUAUUUAUAUAGUCAUGAUUUGAGUAAUACAGUAAUGGUGAUAACAUAGUCCCAGGAAUAGUCUAGUGAGGACUAGUAGGUCCCUUGUGGGAUCCUACCCCCGUCCUUGAUUAUGUUGCCCUUCCAUUAUUUCAAUAGCCAUAUGUUUUUUUUCUCUCCUCCCUUCGUGUGUGUGUUACAGAAUCCAGAUAGCAAGAUGAUGCAGAUCAACCUGACAGGCUUUCUGAAUGGGAAGAACGCCCGGGAGUUCAUGAGGGACCUGUGGCCCCUGCUGCUGAGUGCUCAGGAGAACAUUGCUGGCAUCCCCUCUGCUUUCCUGGAACAGAAGAAGGAGGAAAUUAAACAGAGACAGAUUGAACAAGAGAAGCUGGCUACUCUGAAGAAAGUUGAUGAUGAUAAGAAGGAAAAGGACAUCAGAGACAGGGCUCAGUCAAAAAGCCCAAGAAGUUUGCAUCGUCCUAUGUCUAGGAGGAAAUCAAGGUCACCGUCACCACGGCGAAGGUCGCCAGUGAAGCGUGAAAGGAAACGCAGUGCCUCUCGCUCGCCGAGACGCAAACCCAGUCCAGUCGUCAGCAGCUCCCCCCCUCCACCCCUGAUGCAGCUGCCAGCCAAACCUGUGGAGCAGCUUGUGGAGCCGAAUGCAUUAGAAGGAGCCCUGCCAGAGCCGGCCAUCCAAGAAACUCCUUCCACAUGUGACACAGUUGUGGAGGUGGUGAAACCAGACCCAGUUACUGAAGUCAAAGAAUCUUCGCCAGAGAAGCCUCUCAAGAAAGAGGAAAGGCCCAAGUCCCGGGACAGGGAGAAGGACAGCAGGAGGGACAGACCUCACCACCGCUCUCGUUCUCAUUCCCGCAACCGCAGGCGACGCUCCCGCUCUAGAUCCUACUCUCCUCGUAGAAGACCAAGUCCCAGGAGGAGGAUGUCUCCUCGUCGUAGGAGCCCCCCCAGGCGUGGCCCCCCUGGCAACAGAAACAGACAUAGACGGUCCCCAGUCCGCAGGAGGCGCUCACGCUCUGCUUCAUCUUCUGGCAGCAGCUCCUCCAACUCUCGCUCUCCUAAAAAAGCAAUGAAGAGAAUAUCCAACUCCCCACCCAGAAAGGGGGUCCAUCAUCCUGAAAAAGCCAUCAGCCCCGCCGGGAAGGACAGGCGGUCUCCAUCUCCUCGUGCCAGAAGAGGCCGAGGCUCUGCGUCACCAGCCAGGCCGUCUGGUUUAAAGCAAAAACAAAGGGGAAGGAAUGAUUCUCCGUCUGAUAAUGCCAAGCCCAGACCUUCUGAAGGCUCUGACUCAGAGGAGGAUAAAAAUGACAAAGAGGCAACAGCAGAUUCGGUGCAGCAGCGACGUCAGUAUCGCAGGCAGAACCGACAGACAUCUUCAGAUUCAGGAUCUUCCUCCUCUGAAAACGAGGGGCCCAAGAGGCCAACAGCCGGGCCGGGAGCCAAAAACGGGGAUGUGAGGAGGAGACGCAGCCGAACACCGUCACCACGGAGGAGACACAGAGAUGCCUCCCCAAGGAAAAGACGCUCUCCAUCUCCUCCACGCAGACGGCGCUCCCCGUCUCCCCCACGACGUCGCAGAUCUCCUUCUCCUCCUAGACGAAGGUCCCCUUCCCCGCCUCCCCGUCGUCGUUCUCCAUCCCCCAGACGAUAUUCUCCCCCUAUCCAGCGUCGCUACAGCCCCUCACCUUUGCCCCCACAGAAGAGGAAGAUGUCUAGCUCUCCCCCAAAGCGCUCUUCUCCAGGGGCCAAGCGACGCCCCUCCAGGUCCCCCAAGCGCAGAAACUCCCCUCCUCAAAGGAGACGCAUGUCUCCUUCCUCAUCUCCACCCAGACACCGGAGGAGCCCCAUGUUGCCUUCUGCUAGACUAAGCAGGGACCCACGAUCCCCUGUGGCAGCAGCUGGCCGCCUCUCCCCGUCCCCCGCAACCCGCGGUCGACCUGUUCGGGGUUCCACCAGUCCUCAGGGACGUUUUGAAAACUCCAGUGCAUCUCCAUCUAACCCGCGGAGGCAGCAGUCCCCGACACACAGCGGCAAACCCAUCCGCCGAGUGUCCCGUACCCCAGAGCCACGCAACAACAAGAGACCCUCUCCGAGCCCCCAGCCCAUGAGGAGAGCAGCCUCCAGAUCUGUUUCCCCUCAACCAGCAGCUCUGAAACGUCCCGUCCCUGCAUCUGCCUCCCCCUCACCCUCCCGCUCUGCCAGUGGGUCUCCACCACCAGCAAAGAAAGCCAGCAGUGGUUCCGGCAGCCAAUCCCCAAGCAAGAAUUCCGAUGUUGAUGGCAGUGGAAAGAAGAAGAAAAAGAAGAAGGAAAAGAAACACAAGAAAGAGAAGAAACACAAGAAGCACAAGAAGCAUAAGAAGGAGAAGAGUGGUAGUGCUGUGACCGGUGAUGCACAUGAAAACCACGGCGCGGAGGACGGAGAGUCAAGAAAGGAAUCAGAUAGUGAAGUAGAGGACAGCUUGGCCGGCCUGGAGAAGCACCUAAGAGAGAAAGCCCUACGGUCCAUGAGGAAGGCCCAGCUGUCUCCAUCCCAGAUGUCCUGAAAACGACUGGCUUUCUCACUUUUGAAUUUUUCCACUCACUCUUGAUGUUUGUCAUCAACCUGGUUCAGCUUUAGAAUGUACAAAUUGUUAAAUCUCAAGUCUUUUUUUGUUUUCUUUUUACUGGUUUGGUACAUUCUGAAGAGUGUGUUUCAUUAAGAGCUUGAUUUGUCAGUUAGUGUAUUAUCUUAACUGUGAUGAAGCCUGUGUUGUCCAUCAUUUUAAAUUGUUGAGCAGGGUAACGGUUUGAGUUAACAGGUUUAAGAGGUUUACCGCAGCAUACAAUAGAUUCCAUAUGAGAAAUGAUUGCAUGUGCAGUGAUCGUCUCUGAAGUGCAUGACCCACUGAGCUUAUGGAGUGUAGAGUAAAACCAACAUACAGUAACAUACUGUUACCAAUGCCUCUUAUUAGUGGAACAGUUGCACAGCUGUGUGAACUAUCAGAGGCCCUAACAGAAUGUCUUGUCCCAUAUAGUAACUUAAAGGAAGUGUUUAGCAUUGUUUAACCUGCUUUUUUUUCUGACUUUGAAAUAGUCUUGUUUUAAGACUACAACAAUCUAAUGUGACAUGGAGUAUGCUUUAAUUUUUCUAAAAUAAUUAAUAUGCAAUUUUAUGUUGACACCCUUCCAACACGCUGUGGGACUGCUCUAUUAUUUGUAUUUAGUACCCCUGGCUCUUGUCAUCUUGUCCUCCUUUCAGAAUUAAAACCUUUUUAUAGGACGUGUGCUUUCCUUAA